GUUUCAAACACGCUGGAGGACAUAUUUUUCUUCAUUAAAUCAUACUUCAUAUUUUUAAUCAUUUUACACAUUUUCAAUUUCUUAAAAUGAAUUUUAUAUUUUCAAAAUAUAUGAAAUGAUCGGGACUUAUUCCAACUUUUGACUUUCAUCCCGAUGCACAUCGAAAAAAACAAAACAAUGGCCACAGAUCGGCCAUGUGGUCCGAACAUAUUGAUAACAGGAACUCCUGGUACAGGAAAAUCAACCUUGGCAGAAGAACUAGCACAAAGGGCAAGUCUGAACUACAUUAACAUUGGUGAUUUGGCAAAAGAAGGCAACCUGUAUGAAGGAUUCGACCAACAGUACAACUGUCCAAUAAUAGAUGAAGAUAGGGUUCUUGAUGAAUUAGAAGAUCAAAUGGGACAAGGUGGUAAUGUCAUAGAUUAUCAUGGUUGUGAAUUCUUCCCUGAACGUUGGUUUGAUAUUGUGUUUGUUCUUAGGACAGAUAAUCCUAUUCUGUAUACAAGAUUAGAAAGCAGAGGUUACAAUGGAAAGAAGUUAGAAGAUAAUAUACAGUGUGAAAUAUUUCAGACAAUUUUAGAGGAAGCUAGAGACUCGUAUAAAACAGAAAUAGUGCAUGAACUAGCCAGUAAUACUCCAGACGAUAUGGAAGAUAACUUAGAUAAAAUUCUAUCAUGGAUAGAGCAAUGGAAAAAUACACACUAGCACCAAAUCAUUGACUCCCUUCUGUUAAUUAAUACCCCCUAUUAAGUCAAGUAUGGGCAUAUAUUGAUCAAUGUAAAUGCGGGGUUGUCCGUCCACAAAUUGCAUGUUAUCAUCUGACUAGAUUUUCUUGAAACUAUCAGGGAAUAAUUAAUAUCCAAUGGGUUUAAUCCUCUUUCCCUUUAAUUUUUCUUUUUAAAUAUUUGGAUCCUUUGCAUUACAAAACUUUGCCAUAUUGAUACAAAAAGGGGAUACAAAUUUGCAAUAUUGAUAUAAAUUUAAGAGGGUAUACAUUUUAAGCUCUGUUCAUGGUUUUCUAGCUAUAUAUAUAGUUUAUUAUAAUUUACAUGACAAUAUUAUUGGUUUCCCACAUAUAUAGACUAAUGAAGAUCCCUUUUGUGUUUAUGCUGGUUUGAGCUUUAAAGUAAAUGUUAUAAGCAAAAUGUUAAAAUUACUUAUAAGAUUAAAUGUUAGAUUAAGACAAUGAUAUUUUAGUGCAAAAAGGUUAUCUUCAUAACUGUUAUUAUGUAUUUUAAAGUGUUUUCGUGAACUUAACAGUUAUUGCUAGAACAUAUAAUGUAUUUUUUUAAAUUAUUCUUCCCUCUGCAAGGAAAACAAUUUGAAUACAUUAAGGAAUGAGAAUUAAUCAUUCAAUUUGUUUAUAAAAUGAGCAGCAUCAUAUAGAAAUCAACCUUAUGCAAGUGCAAGUUUACAUAUAUACAUAUAUGAUAUUUUGAUUGGUUUGCCGACCGUGCAAGGGCUGUAUAGCCAGUCAAGGUCGUUGAAAACUUCCAUUUGUUGAUUGGUUUUGGAACGAUAAAAGAUGAAUUUGGGUAUUAUUUCUAGGGUUCUUGUGUCAACUCAAUGUUCAAACAGUUACAGAAUUUACAUACAGAUUGUUUUGCAAUCCAAAAAAUAAGUAAACAGAUGUAUGAAUAUUCAUUUGCAUAAUGUCAAUUUAAUCCAAAGCAGAACCAUUGUUGUUAAAGGGACUUAUUUAAGCACUUGUAUUAAAUUUAUCCUGUUUAUGGGAUAUGAUACAAAGUAUAAUUAUUUUUUUUAACACCUAGUCCUAGGCAAGAUGUGAGGUUUUGCCAUCAAUUGGUAAUCUUUUGUCAAUCUCUUUAUCAAAAUGAUUUCUAAUGAAUGCAAUGAACCAAGUUGGGGAAAACUUUGCCCAUAAUUUUCACUAAAGGAGGUUGCCUUCUUUGAAAUAAUGUACUUACAUCUUAACUAAUAAGUUGACUCAGCUUCCAUGACAAAAGUAAUACAAAGAGAUAAAGCUGACAUGGAACUCCAAACAAAUCUACAUACGGCCAUUAAUAUGGUACAUAACACCUCCACUAAAAUUUAUUUGGCACUUUAAAUUUUGACGAAAUAUUUACUUAGACCAUUUGACAAAAAAUAUUAA